AUGCUCCGCCGUCGUCUGCCCAAGGAGGACGGCGACGACCACCAACGAGCCUCCACCUUCCCAGUGCCAACGACCCACGAAGAGAAGGCCCAGACGCAAGACCACUAUCAUGGGAACCAGGAACGCCAGAUUAUCCUCCGACCGCGGAGUAAACGACGCAAUGGUUUGAUAUUCGCGCUGGGCGGGUUGUUCGGGAUCUUCAUUGCGCUGUUCUUCGCGAACCAACAGGAGGUUAUUAGUCUGGAUUCGUUGAUGGAUUUGAAUCUUGAUGCGUUGAUUGAUGUUAUUCCACAGGGAAUUGUUAAGGAUGCGAGGGAGUUUUCGCAACAUGAACGCGAAGCCGUCAGCUACGACCCCUUCUCCGUCGGCCUGCACCUCCAAUCCCAAGGCAUAAUAGCAAAAUACCCCAUCGUCAUGAUCCCCGGUGUCAUCUCCACUGGCCUCGAAAGCUGGGGCACCGAAGCCAGCUCCCGGCAAUAUUUCCGGCGCCGCCUCUGGGGCAGCUGGAGCAUGAUGCGCGCACUGGUCCUGGACAAAGCAGAAUGGAAGAACCACGUCAUGCUAGAUAAAGAGACCGGAUUGGAUCCGCCGGGAAUCAAGCUGCGCGCGGCGCAGGGGUUUGAUGCGACGGAUUUCUUCAUCACGGGAUAUUGGAUCUGGAAUAAGAUAUUGGAGAAUCUUGCGACGAUUGGGUAUGAUCCGACGAAUGCGUUUACGGCGGCAUAUGAUUGGCGUUUGUCGUACGCGAAUCUCGAGAUCCGCGAUCAGUACUUCAGCCGAUUAAAAUCCUACAUCGAGACCGCCGUCGAGGUCCGCGGCGACAAAGUCACUCUCGCCUCACACAGCAUGGGCUCGCAAGUCGUGCUCUACUUCUUCAAAUGGGUCGAAAGCGAUGCCCACGGCAAAGGCGGCAAAGAUUGGGUCAACCGCCACAUCGCUAACUGGGUCAACAUCAGCGGGUGCAUGCUCGGCGCCGUCAAAGGCCUCACAGCGGUGCUCUCCGGCGAAAUGCGCGACACAGCCCAACUUAACGCCUUCGCCGUCUACGGCCUCGAAAAAUUCCUCUCCAAAGAAGAGCGUGCCGAGAUCUUCCGCGCCAUGCCAGGCAUCUCCUCCAUGCUCCCCAAAGGCGGCGAAGCAGUCUGGGGCAACGCAACCUGGGCACCAGACGACCAACCCGGCCAAGCAAUGACCUUCGGAACCCUCCUAAACUUCCGUCAGGAUAACCUCACCGCAGCCACCGAAUCCUCCUUCACACAUAAGAACCUAACAACAACAGAAAGCUUACAGUACCUCCUCGACCAAAGCGAAGACUGGUACAGCAAGCACAUCCGCAACUCGUACUCUCACGGCGUCGCACACACGCGUAAACAAGUCGAAGCAAACGAGAACGACCCCCGCACGUGGCUCAACCCCCUUGAAGCCCGUCUUCCGCUAGCACCGGAUAUGAAAAUCUAUUGCUUCUAUGGCGUCGGCAAACCAACCGAACGCAGCUACUUCUACCAACAAGAACCAGACCCUCUCGUCAAUCUUAACGUCAGCAUAGACACAACAGUGACAAACACAGAACACGGCGUCGACCACGGUGUCGUCAUGGGCGAGGGUGACGGCACGGUAAACUUACUCAGUACGGGAUACAUGUGCGCGAAGGGGUGGAAGAUUAAGCGGUAUAAUCCGGCGGGCGUGCAGGUGAAGGUGUAUGAGAUGCCGCAUGAGCCGGAUCGGUUCUCGCCACGUGGGGGGCCGAAUACGGGGGAUCAUGUUGAUAUCUUGGGGAGAGCAUCGUUGAAUGAGCUUGUGUUGAGGGUUGCUGGUGGACAAGGAGAUAUGAUUGAGGAGACGUAUGUUUCAAAGAUAAAGGAGUAUGCGGAUCGCGUGCAGAUAUACGAAGAGUGA